AUGGCAAGCACGGAGGGUGACAACUCUGACGGAUCUACAGAACCGAUGCCGGAUAGGCGGUCUCCACCAGCGUAUAGAAAUGGUCCACCAAUUUUUUGUCUAAUGGAUAUUAUUCGACCUGUCAUUUCUGCUGACGAAUUUUUUCGCCGUCCACGAGUAGCCUUUAGUGGUGAUCUACUAACUCAAGCUAAUCCGGGCGACUACUUUAUACCGCUGCUCAUUGCGGCACCGAUGCUCAUUCUGCAUGCAAAGCACACGGAAGAACUGAACCAGGACUAUAGAAGGAGCUUCCUUUCCAGGCUCGAUUUUCCGACCCUACCGAACACGGAUCCACCGGAGAUUAUUGAGGAAUUGACCAUGUUUUUACGAGAAGCCGAUACAUUGGAGGAGUGUCAGGAAAGAUUCGCGACUGUCUCCACACGUGUAGUUUUUGAAGUGCUGGUCGACGUGAUCCAAGCGGUACAGUUCUUGUUUGUACCCAUCUCCAAUGAUACAGCAAUGGCAAUGCUUAACGUGGACUUUAUCAAUCAUAAGUACGGUGGAUUGAACGAUGCCUUUCCUCCAGCCGACUCGGAGAGUGCCUACGUGAAUCAAGUGACUCAAGAUAUCAUCGUGGACGACUUUUAUAAGCGCCGAGCUCCAAACAUCCUCCACUACCUCUGGUUCAAGGACCUAGAAAACCUGGUGGACAAGGAGGUGGGACUUGUUUUUCGAUUCCUUGUACUCAAUCUCAUGCAAAUGCUGAGGCAAUACUGCUUAGCUGCUGGCGCUUCGACUGCUGGUGUGGAUGAGGGCCAAUUCCUGCUCAUUGAUUACGCACAAAUGCAUGCUGGCGCCAUAGAGGAGGUACUCCGAGUCCUGGGCAAUAAACUGGGCAGGUAUUUAAUUCGUGCACCUGCUGCCUUCCAUCGGCAGGUCUAUCAAGAGUCGCCAUUGCGUGAAUUGUCAGAAUUGGUUAUCGGUGGCAAAUUUCUCAUAAAUCUACUGCUAAUGAACCAACCAGAUGUGUGGUUCCCCGCGGCCGAGGUGCAAGAUUUUAUCCUUCAUGACCAACCUGAUUGCAACUUCCACGUGGAGCAAUGCAUCUGUCAGCCCUUUAAAUCUCACUUUCCUCAUGUGGUUGAAAGCAUGACGGCUGGCGACUCACCAUGA